UUUCUAAUUUCAAUUUUAUUUUGUGUUAAUUAGUAAUUACAAUAUUAUGGCUUAUUAAUGUUGUUUAGCUAUUAAUACAGUAUUUCUAUUAAUACAUAGUGUUUACUAAUUUACAAUUUUAAAAUUUGUUGUAGUAAUACUUAAUACUCAGUACACUGAUAUUUUAAUGUGAAUAUAAUUUUUCUUUAAGUUUUGUAUAUUAAAUAAUAUCUUAAUGUUGAACAACAAACUAUAUUAUUGUAUAGUUUUUUAAUACAUUUUUAUAGUGUGAUAAAUUGUAUUAUUACCAUAUAAAAAAUUGUAUCAUUUUAAAACUUUUACCUAACUUGUUGGAAGCCAUACAAAACACUAUGUCUGUUAGUAAAUUUCGUGAAGAAUUAAAAAAUAUUCUUAAGGAACCAAACACUACAACAAUUACUUCUAUUAAAAAGAUUGUACAAGAAAAUAAUUAUUUCAGUCUAAGUGAUGCAGAUAGACGUUCAAUUUUAGAUCAAGUGUUGAGAUGUUAUGUUUUAGACAUAGUAUUAUCAAAGCCAUCAAGUUUAUAUGAUGUUUGUAAUAUGUGGACAUCAUUUACAAUUGAACUUGUAAGGAAUGAAAUGUGUACUGCUAUUAUGCCAGUAGUUAUAUUGUCAGAUAUGUUUGAUGUGACCACAAUGGAUGUUUGUGAAAAAAUGUUUGAUCAUGUUGAAUCUAAUGUAAACGUACUUAAGGAACCCCAAUUUUUUAUGGCAUGCAAGAACAAUUUAUUACGAAUGUGCAAUGAUCUUUUACGACGUUUAUCUAGAUCACGGAAUACAGUCUUUUGUGGGCGUAUUUUAUUAUUUUUAGCCAAGUUUUUUCCUUUUUCUGAACGUUCAGGUCUAAACAUUGUAAGUGAAUUUAAUUUAGAGAAUGUAACUGAAUAUCUAAAUGAAAAUCAUUUUGAUCAAACUGAAGAUAUGCCAGAAGAUUCAAUUCCUGAAGAUGAAGCUAAAUCAGAUAUUAUAAUUGAAAAAGUGAAUGUUGAUAAAAAUCUUUAUUUAAAAUUUUGGUCAUUGCAAGAUUACUUUAGGAAUCCUAAUCAAUGUUACAUAGCUGAACAUUGGAAAUUGUUUAUCUCUCAUACAGAUUUCAUUUUUUCAACUUUUCAAAGUCAUAAGUUGGAACAUGUUAAUAGAAUGGAUAAUGAAAGCGCUGAACAAAAUAUGCAUUACUUUCCAAAAUAUUUGACAAAUCAAAAAUUAUUAGAAUUGCAAUUAAGUGAUGUAAAUUUUAGGCGUUAUAUUCUUAUACAAUUCUUAUUGCUUUUCCAGUAUUUGGAUGCUCCUGUUAAAUUUAAACCUGAUGAUUUCAAGAUUAAACCAGAACAACAAGAAUGGAUUAAAAAUUCUACUACCACUAUUUAUGAACUAAUUAAUAACACACCACCUGAUGGCGUUAAAUUUUCUGAAGUAGUAAAAAAUAUAUUACAGAGAGAAGAACAAUGGAAUAAAUGGAAAAAUGAUGGUUGUCCAGAAGUAACAAAAAGAUUACCUACAAGUGAUCAAAGUGAUAUGCCCGCACCUAAACGAAGACUUCGAAGAAAUUUAGGGGAUGUUAUUAAAAAUAUGACUGCUAAUAACAAAGUUUUUCUUGGAGAUCCCGAAUUAACCAAACUAUGGAAUUUAAAGCCUGAUAAUUUAGAAGCUUGUAAAGGACCUGAACGAGAUUUUUUACCAUCAUUUGAUUCAUUUUUCCAGGAAGCAUUUGAGCAAUUGAAUCCUGAAUUGUGUAUUGAAAAUCAAUACAAAAAAGUAAAUGAUGGCAACUUUGGAUGGCGUGCACUAAGACUAUUAGCUCGUAAAAGUCCACAUUUUUUUACUCAGAGCAAUAAUCCUAUUCAUAAAUUAUCUGAAUAUUUAGAAAAUAUGAUUAAAAAAACAAUGAGUAAAGAAAAAAUAUCUGUCAACCAAGAUUCAGAUAAACAUGUAUCACCAAAUAAAGAAUUUAAAAAAGAAUCUGUAAUUGAAUCAGAAGAAGUUGAUAUAUCUGAAGGUAUUCAAGAUGAGAAUGAAAAUGAAAAUAAUGUAGAAGUGGAAGACAAAAAUAAGAUUUCUAAACAGAUUAUUGAUCAAGUUGCUGCUAAAAUAGGAGAAAAAUGGAAUAUACUAGCUGAAAAACUGGGAUACCAACCAGAUGAGAUUGAGUUUGUGAAAACGAUAAAAACUACACCUUUAGAUCAAGCCACAUAUUUACUGGAAGUGUGGGUUGAAGAUGCAGAAAAUCCCAAACCUGAAAAUCUUAUUUAUAUUUUAGAAGAAAUUCAAUUAACCGAAGCAGCAAAUAUCCUUAAGUCUUAACAAACAAUUUAAAUAUUGUAAUAUUAUGUACUGAAAUUACUACAUUUAAUGUAAUUUUGUAUUAAAAAUAUAUAAGAAACAAUUAAAUUAUA